AUGUUUUACGAGGAAUCCUUAUUCCCUUGUCAUGUCAAUUCACCACUCACUUUCCAAUCACUACAUUCAUGUUCAUUUCGUUCUUACGUUUCGCUAGAUGCGAUUCCAUCGUCGUCUCCCCUACCGAACGAAUCCCGACCGGGAACUCUAUCCCAACCGGAUUCAUUUCCCGGAGAAUUUCCUUCGCCAAAUUCAGACCUUCGAAAAACACAGGAGGAUGAGAACGACGGCGAGGGUGAACAUAUUUACAGACAGCUAGCCCAGUCCCAUUCCAACAAACAUCCACUUCAAAAUAAUGAACAAAUUUUACUGAUGAAUGACCUAACCAAUAUCGGAUCCCCCACUGGAACAACCAAAUUCGCCCACUGCGCCACCAGUGCUACAUCACCUCGAGCUGUUCCCACGUGCGAUCAAUGCGGAAAACAGUUCGCGAACGUCUACCGCCUGCAUCGUCAUUUGCUCAGUCACACAGAGAGUUAUGAACUGCGCAAGUUUCGCUGUUCUCAGUGUAACAAAGCAUUUAAGUUCAAGCACCACCUGAAAGAACAUGAACGUAUCCACAGUGGCGAGAAACCUUUUGUGUGCCGUCAGUGUGGCAAACGUUUCAGUCAUUCGGGUUCAUACUCAAGUCAUAUGUCCAGCAAAAAGUGUAGCAGUUUUCUCAGCAGCGAUGAGAUCAGCUCCGUGGGCAGUAGUAAUGUGACAAGCUCGCAAACUCUACCGUAUCCCAAGGCGUGUGACCAAAAGACUGCAUGUGACCUCAGUUCAGUGAGUAUGAUAAUCGAAACACUCAAAGCUGCUCAAGGUCAGUAUUCAAAUCUGUCCAACGGGAUUCACAAUUCGGUUGAUACAUCAAAUAUCUGGGCUCCCUCAACAGCAAACGGGAUUAUGGACACGGAUUUUGAUCAGCGUUGUUUUCCAUUUUUUCCCAAUCUACGACCAGAGCAAGAGUCCUUACUGAGAACUGCCUACCGUUAUUCCAGUCUUCCUUCGAGUCAAGAAAUACAACGUUUAAGUUUACUCCUGGGGCUCGUGCAACCUUCAGAGGUGCUGUGGUCUAAUCAAACCACCAAAUCGAAUGAAUCUGACGCAUCAUUCAAACAGUCCGAUUCACGUAACGCAAAUACGGACCCCAUUCCAGAGACAUCACUCACAGAUGCUUGUGUAGACUGCACCUGGGUAUCAACGGGUCAACAAGCGCUCCGGAGUGAGCCCAAAAUUAAUUCACAACCUACCUCGAAUUUUUCCCCCUCCUCCGAAAGCUCAUUCAUAAACAUUCAACCGGAUAAUAUGCCGUGCUAUUCUAUUCAUGAGCCAAACAAACUUACUUCAGAGUUAAAUCCAUGUGAACAAGAUACUGCUUUGGAUCUUUCCCUGCCGCGUUUUACGGAAAGCGCUGAACAUCAAUGUGACCGGAAAUCUUGGUCUACCCAAGCCGAUAGUCACAUGACCAACUCGGACCCAAGUUCUUGUGCACAGUCUUAUUGGCCAGCCAUGGUUUUAGCCGCUGCUGCGGCUGCGGCAGCAGCUGGUAUAGUGCCCGAGGUGGAGCGCUGGAAUGAAGCUGCUUCUGCAGCCACAUCAGCGAUGAUAGUUCCAAACGUUACUUUGUGCAACGGAAUUUCUCGUUGUUCAGACGGCUUGAUGUCCAACUCCGCCAAAGAAUUUGUCCAGCCGUUUCCAAAUUCUGCGAUAGCGAAGCCGGAUCAACCAUUGCUAACCUCGGGGCACUCAGAUAUGAAGUCCCAAGGAACGGAUGAUGUGAGCGAACCUUCGGAUGGAAACGGAGCUCUGGAUGGAAGCAGUGUGGUCGGUGGAAGCGACAGUAAUUCAGGCGAAGUUUUGACCUGUGAACUGUGCCAGAAAGUGUUUUCCAAACACAGUUCCCUCUCAAGGCAUAAAUAUGAACAUACUGGUAAGCGACGUUAA